CGAAGGGGGUUGGCGAAAUUACCCGAUUAACAUGAAACCCCGGCUGCGCGUGGUGCUGUCUUCAGCAUAAAACGUGGAUGGUUUGGAAUUUGGAAAGCCCUCGUACAGCUGAAUUUACCCCGGACCCUUGCCCACAGGCUAAACUAGCCACGCGUAGGAAAUGAUGGUUGAUUUUGCCUUCAAUUGAAGCGGCAGUUGUUUUGCUACCUUAUUUGCAAUAUACAUGGCUCUGAAGAACAUAUAAAUAUCGCCAUGAUCACCGGUUUUGUUUCAAUCGAUUCACCAAACACGAUAUCUUAAAACACUAAAUACACCAGCACCAGGCCUCGUCUACAGAAAUUCUGUCAAAAUGGUUGCCCUUUCCACUCUUCUGAUUGCCUUCUCCUCUAUUGCGGCGUCUCUUGCUGCCCCUGCAAACCCUGAAGUCAAACGAGACGAGCUCGCCGAACGCGGCCCUCAUGACUUCUUUCUCGGCCUCGACAAUAGUCUCAGCCGUCGUGCUACCAUCAACUACGACCAGGACUACACGACCGGCGGCACAGUCAAUUACUCACCGUCAAGCACCGGCUUCACAGUCAAUUGGAGCAAUGCAGAAGAUUUCGUGGUGGGAGUUGGAUGGAAGACUGGAUCUACCAGUUCCAUCAACUUUGGCGGCUCCUUCUCUGUCUCUGGCACUAGCGGAACUGGUCUCCUCGCCGUAUACGGCUGGACCACCAGCCCACUUGUCGAGUACUACGUGAUCGAGGACUACGUCAACCCUCCGCAGCAAGGAACAGUCAAAGGCACAUUUACAAGCGACGGGUCUACUUAUACGAUUUGGGAAAACCAGCGCGUUAAUGAGCCUUCGAUUAUCGGCACAGCGACAUUUAACCAGUACAUCUCGAUCCGUAACUCGCCGCGGACUAGCGGCACUGUCACGAUUGAGAACCACUUUAAGGAGUGGGCUAACCUUGGUCUUAAUCUUGGGACGUUCAAUUAUCAGGUCAUUGCUGUCGAGGGUUGGAGCAGCAGUGGAUCGGCUUCGCAGAGUGUUAGCAACUAGCUAGUUUGAGAGUAGUUCUCGUAAUGGACUAAGCUGCU